AUGCGUCUCAUCAAGCGUCGAUCAUCAACCAGUCUAUCUCAACAAGGAUCUUCGACUUCUUUUGCUACUUCCCCCAUAGAUACUCUUACUCCCACCCCGGUCGCUGUCCCGCCUCUUCCAUCUUCUUCUACGUCCGACGAUGGACCAUCUUCGUCUCCCACAAAGAGCGGUAGCCUCAGGGGAAGGAAGAAAAGAGACAGUCAGGAGAUGAAGUAUCCUCCGACGUCGUUUGGACAGGGUGGAACAGGAUGGAGUUUCGGUAGGAUGAGAAGCUUCAAGGGCAAACCAAGAGCGAGUCAAGAUGGGACGGUAUCAGGUUCCGAAGAUGAGGGGAAUGUCGAAGGGAAGGGAAAGGGGAAGAAACCUUUGUUGGACACCUUGAAUGUCAACUCCUUGCCCAUUCCAACUCCAGUAUUCUCUUCGUCCCCUGUAAACUACUCUAUCCCAUUACAUGCCAAAGCUCCCGUCACACCAAUUCCCCCACCCACUCCGCCUUACCUUCUCGAUAACGUUGCCACUCCCGACUUUACAGAAUCUCCGUCUUUAGGUUCAUCCCUUUCCUCUCAGUAUCCUUAUCCUCAGCCAAAUCAACCUCUUAUCGCUUUCACUCCCAGUGCUUCCAACCCAGCCCCAGUGGCGGCUCUGGCGACAGCUCAGACGGAGAGCAUCUUUCCCCCAUCUGGAUCAAGACCACCUUUGACCACUUCUGCGUCCACCAACUCUUCGGCGCCUUCUUUCGAAAGUGGAGAAUCGUCGUACCCGUUUAUCCCUCGGGGCGAUGAUAAUCAACCUCAUAAACGGGUCACUACUAGUCCUACAUCACCUCGUAAACUCACGAAGCGACGUCCGGUAUCAGUAGUAUAUGAUCAGGUGGAGUUAAUGGAGCGUCCGUCAACGUCACCCGAUCAAGGUUCGUACGAUCCUCGGCCUUUUCACAACUACAACAGUUCUCCAAACAUCUACACCGUUCUUAGCGCACCUCUUCAGCCAUCAUCCAAUCUCCCGCUGCCCGAGGGAGCGGCACCUCCACACCACCUCAAUUGGCCGCUAAAUCGAAAUCCGUCUUGCUCAACUAAUGCUUCUUCAGGUUUGACUCCCUCGACGGACGAAUCCGGUACACUCGAGACACCUAACAACGCAGUUCUCAUUCCCGGUCAAGGAGAAGGUAAUCUAUGGGAGAGAAUCGGAGAACCUAGACCACCUCUAUCUAGAGCUUCCACAUUCUCGUCCAAAGAAGGUGACGAUGGAACUAUACAUAUAUUCAAAAGAGAAGGGUAUUUUCAACAGACGAAUAGGAGAGAUAUAUCAUCCUCUAGUGGGGGAACUCAGACGGAAAAUGGAAAAUUUCAAUCUACAGCAUCGACAGAUUCAUCUCCCACUUUCCAUAGAACCGCCUCGGGUGCCAAAUACACUCCUACAGUCUCAUCCGGAAGUGAUGUUACCGCUCGUCAACCUAGGAGUAUACGAGUAUCGACCUCAAAUUUGGAGUUGAAGACUAACAAGAGUGAAACUCUUAUCUCCCCUACUUCUUCCCUGCAGAGACGAUCUGUCGCUUUCGAAGUACAACCGAUUGCCCCUGAAGACACUAAUCGACACAAUCAAGAUGGCAAUUCCAGACCUGUUAGACCCCCUCUUACGCGAUUGAGGUCGAGUAGUCUGGGAGCGAUAUCAAUCCAAACCAACUCGGUAUAUAGCGUAGGAGAAGUCACCGAAGCUACCAUCGCUGUUGUCAGUCCUGCUCGACCUUUGGAGAUUACCGGUAUUACAAGCGAACCAGCAACGAUCAGAGGGGGAAUAGCGGGGAUGCUAGCUGAUUUCGAGAAUUCGUCGGAAGCUGUUAGAAGAGCAUUUGAAAAUGAGAGACAAAGAGGAGAUUGGCCUUUAUCAUUUCCUGAGGAGGAUCCUGUUCCACGAAUUCCUGUGAGAAGGAUACAUACAGCUCGACCUGCUCCUCCACCUCGUCUGGCAUCUCCAUUGAAGAAGAACGCUCGACCACCUCUCUCACCUAUCUUACGCUCAUCAAUUAGCUCAAACUCCCCAAAGAAGCUUGUCUCAUUCAAUGCCAACACCAACACGACCGGAGAUGAAGAAGUCGCGCAGUCUUCACCCAAGCGACCAUCCAUGCCAUCUCGAUCUAGUAGCUUGAGUCGACUGUGGAGACGACUAAGUACGGGAGGAUCAGGAGUCAAGAUGAAGAAGAGCAAAUCUUCAAUGGAAAAUCUGAAAGAAGGCAUACCGCCUGUCCCGCAGGUCAAGAAGAACGAAUGGUAUGGGAGUUUGUCGGAUUCACCUACCAAGAUGGCCUCGAACAGCUUGGAAAAAGUCAUGUCGACACGAAUGAGAAGAUCGAAAGGGUCUCUUGAUCUGACGUCGAUCGAGAAAGAAAACCCCGACUUCUUAUCGUCCUUGAGACCAUUAAUCUCGACAGAACCCGAAAGACCCACCACACCAUCUUCGACCAAUUCCAAGCGAUCGAAAGGUAAAAAGAGGAUGUCUUCAAUUCCUCCACCUAGGGCUCAAUCCGUUCCACUACCAAUUAGAAGCGAUACUCCUCCAGUAAUCCCACCUUUAUCACCUGCCCCACCGCUCAGAAACCGUUUGCCUUCACCUGGACUUGCACCUGUCCUAUCUGACCAUUUACCUCCUGUAUCAGACAAUCUCAAUGCCGCCGAGGCAGGAUCCUCGACAAGUACUCCUGCACGAUCAUUCCGCAAGCUCUCUGCGCCUCCUUCGAGCGGCAGUGCAUGGAAAACACCACUGGGACCCUACACUCCGCCACUGUCAGCAAUAGUCAACGAUUAUUUCCGUGAUCUCAAGACGUCCACUUUGUUAGAAUCAUCUGAAAGUAUUUUCAAUAGAGAAGUGACUUUGCACCGAACGUCUCUGCAUGAAGAUAAAGAAUAUCAAUCGUACGAUGCUAAACGUCGAUAUAGGCAGUCCUUGGUGGAGAUCAAAGAUGAUCAGGCCUUUCAAGCUACUGUUGAGGAAUUGGUCAAGCUGGAAUCGGAUGGUAGAGUUAGAAUUACCAGGGCUGGUGGAGCUGCAUUGAGAAAUGAUCAGAUAACCCCGAUGUAUAGGACACCGUCGAAAGAUUUGCUGGAGAAACAAGCCAGACAGGAGAAUAUCAGGGCUUGGUUCGUUACUAGGGAAUUAGUACAAGGAGAAAGGAGACAUGGCAGGUUGUUGGCCAAAGGAGUUGCAGCUGUUCGACUCGCUGCUCAGGGUCACAAAGAUCUACCACCUGUUCCCCCCUUACCUACCGACGAAGAUGCAGUCAUCCCUCGACCAAUUCAAUCGCUUGGUCAUGCUAGAUCGGGUUCGGGGAACAUCAAAACUCCAUCUAGAUUGAGAAGAUCCCGAACUUCCAAUCCUAGCUCGAGUACCAAUACACCUGCUCCGUCUAGACCUACAUCAGUCACUUCAUCUCCCACAUCCACUUCUGUACCAUUACCGCCUUUACCUACUGCAUACUCCUACACGCCAAUAGAAAUCCUGUUGAUACAAUUACCCAAAUUGUAUUCGUUGAGUCUGAAAUUGUCAGAGAGGUUCGAACAUGAUCCUUCACCUUAUGGAGUUGCCGACGCGUUCGUCUCGAUGGAAGAAUACAUAACGAAAGAAGUGUCAGAAUGGGCCAAGAGAAUAGGAGAGGUUGUAUAUAGUGGGAUAGGCGAUGAGUUGAAUAAGGUCUUGGAGAAUCAGAAGUUGUCUUUGUCGACUUCUAAAAGAGGCAGAAGGAGGAUAUCGGAAGGUGGGACUGGAAAUGACGGGUUGAAUACGGAGGGUGAAGAGGAGGAGGAGGAUAGAUUUAAAUUUGCCGAUAUUAUCAUCGUACCGAUUCAACGAGCUUCCAGGUACAAACUUCUAUUCCAAGAAUUAUCUACCAAAUUAACACCUACAUCCCACACAUCGCUCAAGAUCCAACGAGCUCUCGAAGCUUCCAUACGACUAGCGAGCGAGUGUGAUCGAUGUCAGAGUUUCGAUUUGAACGCCUUACGAAGACAGGGUAAGAAAGGAAAGAGAGUUAGACCUGUUAGUGUUGGCCCUGGUGUAGGAGUCUGGUAA